UCUCUCUGUCCCUCCCUUUCACUGCCCCUCCCCUUCCUUCCCCCCUGCGUGCUGGAUGCUGUGUGGCUGAGAUGCCGGACUGGGCAGACCUGCUGGACUGGGCGUAUGGGGGUGUGGACCCCACCAUCGCGGGUAAUGGGGGGGAGGAGUGCGCCUCCUUCCUCCCCUGGGCGCAGCGGCUGGCAGAGAGUGUGGUCAUGGUCAGCCUCUCUGCCCUGGAGGUGGUCAUCGCCUGCAGGAAGAUCCAGCCAGGACUCCGAGAUGAGCCGCUAUUCCGCGCCCCUUCUUUCCCGGAACGCCAGGACAGCCUGGGCAGGAACCUGCUGCUGGUCGCUGUAUGCUUGACCUUCGGAGCGGAGAUUGGUUUCAAAUGUGCCACCAGGAGCCUCAUCUACCUCCUCAACCCCUGCCACCUGGUCACACUCAUACAGAUUUUCCUGCUUGCCUGCCCACCGUGUAAAGCUGCCCUGAUCGUCUUCAGGUUACAUGUGCACAUGCUGAAUGGAGCCCUGCUGGCACUGAUCUUUCCUGUCGUCAACACCAGGCUGCUCCCCUUUGAAACCGAGGUGUAUUACAUUCAGCACGUCCUCCUGUACAUCGUUCCCAUCUACCUGCUGCACCAAGGCGGUGACCCAGGUGAACCUGAACAACAUGCUGUGCCCGGCUGUCUCGGACCCCUUCUAUGGCGCCUGCUACCGGAUCUGGGCGUCCAUCCACCAGACUGCACUGUUACUGCUGCACGGGAAGGUGCUGACCGCACUGGCUCAGGCCGUGCCCCUCACCCGCCGACCUUUGAUGGAAGCCAUGAAGACCCCCCUGAAAAAGGCAGAGUGAGCGGAGACAUAUCCGAGACUCGAGACCCGGCUUCAGACCUCCGACCCGACCGGCAAGGACAAUAACAACUUGCGGAGCCUUCACCCGGGACAGCGUCUCGGAGUCUGAUGCUGAGCCGGGGCAAGGUGAACGGAAGCACGGUCGAAGAGGAAGAUCUUCAGGCACGAUCGAAAAGCGGGUAAACAACCCCAACAAAAGACAUUUACACAAGGCCUUUCGUGUCGGAAGUACGUCCAAAGGCACUGCACAGUCAGACCCAAACUGGGUGUGGAGAGUAGUGAGGGUCGGGGUAGGAGGGUGAUCGAAGGCAUGGUGGAAGAGGGUCUUGAGACGUGCCUUGAGGAGGUGAGGAGAGAGAGACAAAGAGAGGGGAGAAAGUGAGUACCAGAGAGAGAGAGAGAGAACAAGCGAGCGGAGGGGCAAGUAUGCAGGCCCUGAGAGAUGGGGAAGAGAAAGUGGGGAGAGAGUGAGCGGAGAGGUAGAGAGAGUAUGUGAGGGGAGAGAACACAAGUGGCUGAGAUCAAAAGGACAGUGAAGCCAAAGAGAGAGCGAGGGUAUCGUGCCCAGACCACGCUGCUGUGUACACAUCGAAACGGCGACAUGUACAUGUGUCAGGCAGUGAUAUGUAACGGGAGGGUGCUGUAUACCACAUGUGUGUUGGGAUAGUGACACUGACGGUAUUUGCCAGGGAGCUGCUGGUAUUCUGGCCUCCGAUUUUCUGGGUUGCUCAGUGUUUCAGCUGCCGAGCUCGCACUCUGGCCUCCGAGUUAGGAGGUUGAGGGUUCAAACCGCAAGUCAGGGACUCUGAGCUCACAAUUC